AUGGCUCUGCUGCCCGAGGGACUGGACGAGCUGCCCGCCGCCUGCCUGUCGCCGUGCGGGCCGGCCAACCUGGCCGAGCUGUACAGCGAGGCGCAGCGCCUGGCGCUCGAGGAGCUGGUGGCGGGCGGCCCCGACGCCUUCGCGGCCUUCCUGCGGCGGGAGCGCCUGGGCCGCUUCCUCAACCCCGACGAGGUGCGCUGCAUCCUGCGCUCGGCCGAGCGGCCCCGCGAGGAGGGCGCGGCGGCGGCCGAGGCCGAGGACUCGUUCGGCUCGUCGCACGACUGCUCGUCCGGCACCUACUUCCCGGAGCAGUCGGACCUGGAGCCGCCGCCGCUGGAGCUGGGCUGGCCGGCCUUCUACCAGGGCGCCUACCGCGGCGCCACGCGCGUCGAGGCGCACUUCCAGCCCCGCGGCGCGGCCGCCGGCGGCCCCCACGGCUGCAAGGACGCGCUGCGCCAGCAGCUCCGCUCGGCGCGGGAGGUGAUUGCCGUGGUGAUGGAUGUAUUCACAGACAUCGACAUCUUCAGAGACCUGCAGGAAAUAUGUCGGAAACGGGGAGUUGCUGUGUACAUCCUUCUGGACCAGGCUCUGCUCUCUCAGUUUUUGGAUAUGUGUAUGGAUCUGAAAGUUCAUCCUGAACAAGAAAAGCUGAUGACAGUUCGGACUAUUACAGGAAAUAUCUACUAUGCAAGGUCAGGUACUAAAAUUGUUGGGAAGGUUCAUGAAAAGUUCACAUUGAUUGAUGGCAUUCGAGUGGCUACAGGCUCCUACAGCUUUACAUGGACAGAUGGCAAAUUAAAUAGCAGUAAUUUGGUCAUUCUGUCCGGCCAAGUGGUUGAACACUUUGAUCUGGAGUUCCGAAUCCUGUAUGCGCAAUCGAAGCCCAUCAGCUCCAAGCUCCUGUCCAGCUUCCAGAGCAACGGCAAGUUUGACCAUCUAGCUGACCGGAAACCACUGCCUAAGGAGCUCACCUUGGGCAAUCUGCUGCGGCAGCGGCUGGCCAGGCUCUCAAGCACCCCCAAGAAGGCCGAGCUGUUGUGUGGGGCACCCACCAAGGACAGGGCAGAGGCCAGGCGCCACGACUCUGAGUCUUCCACCAUCAGCGAGGAAGACUACUUGAACAGCCACAAGGAAGAACCAGAAGGUGGGAAGGUGGCUGAUGCCGCCACUCAGACAGAGCCAGGAGAGGAGAUGCCGGGGGUGAGCGUGAGUGACUCGGGAACACAAACCAGCACUGCCAUAACCAGUGCUGGGACCCAAACCACAGUUGCCACCAGGGCAGCGAGCUCCCAAACCAUGGUUCGGUUCAUGUCGGCCACCACCCAGACUGAUGUGGACGAGAAUGCUGUCUUUUCUCAGGGAGCCCAGUCUAAGGAAGGGUCGCCUGUAUCAAAGAUGUCUGUCUCGAGAUCUUCCAGUUUGAAUUCGUACUCCUCGCUGUCUUCCCAAGGCUCUGUGGCAAGCUCCAUCGGCUCCCAGACUUCCAUCAGAACCACUGAGCUCAUCCUUCCCGGACAUUCACAGUUCUGGGGCGCCCCCCACUUUGACUCAUUUAGAAACUUGAAUAAAGAGCGGCAGCUUCACUGUUCUGCCGUCAGGUCCCGGCUCCACCACAUGCUGGCCAUGUUGUCAGGGAGAACGAUUGUUACUGAGAACUAUAUUGGCUUUAAUCCUGGCAAUUUUACCAGAGCACCAGUUAAUUUACUGGCUGUUCGAGAUAUUACAGUCUAUCCCUCCUAUCAGUGA